UUCUCUGUCUCUCUCUUUCUUUCUUUCUAGUUUGCCAGUAAUGGCAGUGGCUCAGUGGCAGUGCAAGAAAAGAGGGAGAGAGUUUUCAUCGGGAAGGUAAAGCUUUGCACCACAAGCCUCAAACAUACUACUACUACGACGACUAGUAUUACUUACUUCCCUUGCACAAUUUACUAGUUGUAACAUUUUCCCAUGGCAAGGAGGAAAGACUACACAGACUCUAAAAACUCGCUCUCUUCCUGUUGAACUCCUCCUCCUCCUCCUCCUCCUAAAUUACUAAACCUAUACUACUACUACUAUUAGUACUUGCUAAAAAGCUACUACUACAAUUCCCGCGUGCGCUCUGCAAUUUCUAGUGUACUUACUACUACUCAUUUGUGCUUUGUUUUGUUGGAAAAGACAGAGAGACAGAGAGUUUAGAACUAAUUCUCAUUUGCUGUUGAACGAGAAACGUGUUAGUAUGUAGUUAUAAGCAUAGGGAGGAGAAAGGAAAAAAAAUAUUAAAUCUAUUUCAUUUCAACAGCCUUUCUCAGACCUUAUCUAUAUUCAUCCCAGAGAGCAAAGACUAAAGUAAAGAAAAAGAAAACAAAAAAAUCCUGCUUCCAGCAGCUAGCUCCGCUACUUACUGACUAACGCUACCACUAUUUAGGAUUUUCUGUAAAAAGGCUGAAGCCAGUAGCAUAAAACUCGGGAGACCCCUGCCCUCUGCCUAGCCAGCAUCAAAAGGAGAAGCAAGAUUGCUAGCACAUAGUAGUAUAAGACAACAAGGGGAACCUCAACCAACCUUUAUCAUCACUGUUGAAGUUUUAUGAGUGGAAUAAUAACUAAGGGUUAAGGAAGCCCUUGUCAUACACUAGUACUAGUAGUAUAUAACAAGGUUAAACUGAAGACGCUAAAGUGAGGGUGUGCAAAAGAGGAAGAGUCUGUUGUGUGCGUUCUUAUAAUGGAGGGCUCAAGUUCAACUUCAUGCUUGAUGAUGGCUUUUGGGGGGGACAACAGUAGUGGUGCUUUAGGAGGUCCUACAAGUCCUAUGAUGAUGAUGAUGAUGCCUCCUCAGAUGACUUCUUCUACCCACCUUAAUGCAGAGACCAAUACCCUAUAUCUUCCUCUACCUCAUGCUCAUCCCAGCGACACCCAAGACCACCCCAAUAAUCGUCGCACUGCAGCUACUUCUGCUUCUUCUAUGAUGCAGCUGGAUGAUGAAAACCACAACAACAGUCAUCAUAACUUGAGCAGCAGCACCACUGGCGGUGGCAGUUUUUUCGUGGAUCACAGUAACAAUGAUAUCGGUGGAAGCUAUUCUUCGUCUCCUCCUCCAUCUGUCAAGGCUAAGAUCAUGGCUCAUCCUCACUACCAUCGUCUCUUGGCUGCCUAUAUCAAUUGCCAAAAGAUAGGAGCACCUCCUGAAGUGGUGGCAAGGCUAGAGGAAGUCUGCACUUCUGCUGCAAGUCUUAGCCGUAACAACACAAGCUGUAUUGGUGAAGAUCCGGCACUUGAUCAAUUUAUGGAAGCCUAUUGUGAAAUGCUGACUAAAUACGAAGAGGAACUCUCGAAACCCUUCAAGGAAGCCAUGCUUUUCUUGUCAAGAGUCGAGUGCCAGUUCAAAGCUCUCACUCUUGCUUCUUCAGAUUCUGAUGCUCAUGAGAACACUCUUGAAAUACUAGCAGCUUGUGGAGAGGCUAUGGACAGGAAUGGAUCCUCUGAAGAGGAGGUUGAUGUGAACAACAGCUUCAUUGACCCUCAAGCAGAAGAUCGGGAGCUUAAAGGUCAGCUUUUGCGCAAGUACAGUGGAUAUUUGGGCAGCCUGAAGCAGGAAUUCAUGAAGAAAAGAAAGAAAGGAAAGCUGCCAAAGGAAGCCAGGCAACAGUUGUUGGACUGGUGGAGCAGGCAUUACAAAUGGCCAUACCCAUCGGAAUCACAGAAGCUGGCGCUUGCUGAAUCAACAGGUCUAGACCAGAAGCAAAUUAAUAAUUGGUUCAUCAAUCAAAGGAAGCGGCACUGGAAGCCUUCAGAGGAUAUGCAACUUGUGGUGAUGGAUGCCACACAUCCCCACUAUUAUAUGGACAAUGUUUUGGGUAAUCCCUUUCCAAUGGACAUCUCGCCUGCACUGCUCUAAUUGAGCUGUAAGGCAAUGGACUUUGCAUUAGAUGCCAUUAAAAUUUAUGAACCACUACUUGCUACUGUCAACACCGGAUCCUUGCUAUAUAUGUUUUUGUAACUGCAUUCUCCUCCUGGUACCAAUGUUGCUACUCUUCAGUGUCUACCUUGGACACGUAGUGGAUAGGUACUCUUAACACGAUGUGCUGGAAUAUAUAUUUCCUUAAUGCUUGCUACGUGUUUCAGCAAAAUAUUUGGGAGGUUAGUAGAUAACUAACCAUUUGCUGUGGUCA